AUGGGUGUUACCAAGCAAAUCAUCAAGCAGGGCGACGGCGUCACCAAGCCCAAGAACGGCGACAACGUCACCAUGGAGUACACUGGCUGGCUCGAGGAGAACGGCAAGAAGGGCAAGCAGUUCGACUCUUCUGUCGGCCGUGGUGACUUUGAUGUCCCCAUUGGCACUGGCAGAGUCAUCAAGGGCUGGGACGAGGGUAUCGUCUCCCAGGACGGCGGCAUGUCUCUCGGCGAGAAGGCCACCCUUACCAUCACCAGCGACUACGGUUACGGUGCCCGCGGCUUCCCCGGUGCCAUCCCCGGUGGUGCCACUCUCAUCUUCGAUGUCGAGCUCAAGGCCAUCGGCAACAAGAGAGCUUAA